AUGUCUAACCCUCCUUUCCCUCCUCAGCCCACUUCAGCAGCAAUGGCCUCCCCACCAAUAGCCCCGCCAACUGGUCUCCCGCCAAAUAGGGGAGGGCUCGCCCCUGGUCCUGGUCCUGGUCCUGGUCCUGUUCCGAGACAGCAACCUGGGGGAGGAAGACCGAUCGCUCCGCUCCCAGACCCCUCGGGACAAGUGAACCCGACAGUUACCCCGGUUCGUAUUGAGCAAAAUGCAGGAUGGGAGGUUUAUGCAAUACACGGACUGAACAGUGAUAUCAAGACUUGGGAAGGACCAGGUGGCUUCAACUGGCUAAACGAACUCUCGGCUCACCUCACCCGGAGUGGCGGAGAAGCAGUUUCCACCUUCCGAGUGGGCUGGUCCACCAAACCUCUAUCAACCACAAAUUUCUCUACUUCUAUUAUGUCCAGUGCCAGGCCACUUGCAAACACCAUUAUCGGUCGAAGAGGAGAGAGCGCAGCCUUGGCUGGCAAAAACAUUGGCCGAACGCCAGCCAAAGUAAUCCUGAUUGGACAUAGCAUGGGCGGCAUCCUCGCUCGAGCUUUAGUGGGAUUCAUGCACAAAGAAGGUGCCCCUGUUUAUCAGAGCUUUUUGAGAUCCAUCGCGGGGGUAAUUCUCCUUGCAUCGCCAUCUCAAGGUUCGAGUCUAGGAAACAUCGCAUCUCCCUUGAUUGAGGGGUUGGCUGCGUUGACUGGGGGCAUGGCCUCAGCGAUGAACUGGCACCAUCUUGCAGCCCUGAAGCCCAGUUCCCCAGAGUUGCUCACGAUUACCCAGGAUUUUAACGAGUACUGUCGAUGGUUCCAGAGCUCCUUUAGUCGAUCGCUCCCAGUACAUGCACUCCGCGAGACUGUGGGGAUUGGACUCCCAAGGAUUAGACUUACUGUCAUGGUUGUGUCACUUCAAUCGGCGGACAUUCCAUCAUCAACUGCCGCGUUGGUCCAAGGGAAGGUUGCAAAUCUUCAAGGCCUGAAUCACUUGCAGGUGACUGGCUAUUCAAGUAUGGAAGAUCCAAAUCUGCGGAUCAUCCUUUCUUCCUUUUUGGAGAUGCAAAGUACAGACAGGAGACUGGGUCGUCCCCCGCCUCCCGGAGCUGGGGGAGGUCAUCCACCCAUAACCGGAGGGCCUCCGUUUAGUGGUAUUCCACCUCCACCUGGAGCGCCUGUGGGCCGCGGUAUCCCGCCUCUCGGUGGGCUAAGCGGUCUACCACGAGGGGGAGGUACUCCAGCAGGGCGUGGUCGCGGAGCAGCAGUAAUGCCUGCCCCUGAUCAACUGCGAGGGUUGGCGAGCGGGCUUCAGCAAGGUGGUCCAUCGGCUGCACAGUUCUAA